ACACUUGUAUAAUUUUUUAUCCAGUGUCAUCACAAUGUAUUCAAGAAAAAGGAAAAAAAUAAAAAGAGAUUUUAGAGCCGCAGUUUCCUCUUUUCCUAACUGGGUAACAGCAGUACUUGCCGCAUGGAGACCCUGUGAGGAUUCAGUGAAAUGACACAAUGCCCAGCCUUUAUUGCCUCUCUCUCUGCCUUGGCAGGACCACCAAGACCCCUUCAUGGUGGCCGACCUGGGAGUGUUGGCCAGCCGCCACCAGGCCUUCUGCCAGGCCCUGCCAAGGGUCUCGCCCUUCUAUGCGGUGAAGUGUAACAGCAGCCCCUUGGUGCUGCGUGUCCUGGCUGCCCUGGGCACCGGCUUUGACUGUGCCAGCCAGGUGGAGCUAGAGCAGGUGCUGGGCCUGGGCGUGGCCCCCUCACGCAUCAUCUAUGCCCACCCCUGCAAGCCCGUCUCUCACCUGCAGUAUGCUGCCCGCCAUGGGGUGCAGCUCCUGACCUUCGACAGUGAGGAGGAGCUGACCAAGGUGGCCCAGCACCACCCUGGGGCCAGGCUGGUCCUGCGACUGUGGACCGAGGACAGCCAGAGCCUCAUUCCCAUGAGCGCCAAGUUUGGGGCCAGGCUGGAGCUGUGUGGACACUUGCUCAAGUCCGCCCGAGACCUAGGCCUGGCUGUGGUGGGCACCAGCUUCCACGUGGGCUCGGGCUGCCAGAAUCCCCACAGCUUCGCACAGGCCAUCGCCGACUGCCGGCGGGUGUUCGAGAUGGGCCGUGGCGUCGGGCAUGACAUGAGCCUCCUGGACAUUGGAGGGGGCUUCCCUGGAGUGGAGGGCUCUGAACUGGAGUUUGAGGAG